CCGCUGAGGGGGCGGCGGCGGCGGCGGGUCCGCCAUGAGCGGCGACCACGACGACUUCGGCGAGCAGCUGCGGCUGCAGCAGCUCUACGGGGAGGCCAAGCGCGGCGGGCCGCAGGACGGAGAUCCCUACACCUUCGUGGACCCGGCCGACGGCUCGGCCUACGAGUGGGACCGGGACAAGAAGGCCUGGUUCCCCAAGAUAACUGAAGAUUUCCUUGCUACUUACCAUGCCAAUUAUGGCUUUCCUGCCGAUGGCUCCUCUGCCUCAGAUGAGAAGACCGAAACUAAGGCUGAUGGGGAUGCGAAGACUUCGCAGAAGCCUGUAGACAAAAAAACUGCACAACACACGGAGCCCAAACCUAAAGGAGAAAAAAGAAAGCCUGAGGCAGGGUGGUUUCAUGUUGAAGAAGAUAGAAAUACCAAUGUAUAUGUGACUGGUUUGCCUCCAGACAUUACGAAGGAUGAAUUCGUUCAGGUUAUGUCCAAGUGUGGUAUUAUUAUGCGUGAUCCGCAGACAGAAGAAUAUAAAAUCAAACUUUACAAAGACAAGCAAGGAAAUCUUAAAGGCGAUGGUCUUUGCUGCUAUUUGAAGAGAGAAUCUGUUGAUCUUGCCUUAAGACUUCUAGAUGAUGAUGAGAUUAGAGGCUACAAAUUGCAUGUUGAAGUUGCAAAGUUUCAACUAAAGGGGGAGUAUGAUGCAAGCAAAAAGCGGAAGAAAUGCAAAGACUACAGGAAAAAGAUGUCUCUGCAACAAAAACAGCUGGAUUGGCGGCCCGAGAAGAAAGCUGGUGCCUCGCGAAUGCGACAUGAGCGAGUUAUUAUUAUCAGGAAUAUGUUUCAUCCUAAGGAUUUUGAGGAAGACCCAUUAGUGCUGAAUGAAAUCAGAGAAGACCUCCGAACGGAGUGUGAGAAAUUUGGUCAAGUUAAGAAGGUUCUUCUCUUUGAUAGACAUCCAGAUGGGGUGGCAUCUGUGUCAUAUAAGGAAGCAGAUGAAGCUGAUUUAUGUAUACAAGCUCUGAAUGGAAGGUGGUUUGGUGGUCGCCAACUAAGUGUUGAAGCAUGGGAUGGUGUGACAGAUUAUCAGGUUGAAGAGACUUCAAGAGAGAGAGAAGAAAGGCUGAAGGUUUGGGGAUCGUUUCUAGAAGAUCCUAACGUAAACAAGGAAAAAAGUAUAUCUGAUUCAAAUUCCGCUUCAGGAAGCAUGGAGCUGCCUGAAGGGAAACAGCCCUCCAAGGAUAAUAGCAUACCUAAGAGUGGUGUGAGUGACAAAGUUGAUAAGAAAGCGGGCAAUGGUGAAGGCGUGAAUGAAGAUGACGCCCAGUCAACAGACAGCAGCCUUGCAGGAAGUGAUGAUGAAGUGGAACCUGGCUAUCUCUAACCCUUUAGAAAAGCAUGAUUUUUAGGAUGGUGUUUGGAUUUAUAUUUCUCCAUGCUUCAGGGUGACUUCUGUUAGUGUUCCCAUGAGUGCGUGUUCAUAAGAUGUCAUCUGUCAUCAACUGAGUGCUUUGAAAUUUUCAUUAAAGGCAGUACUUAAUGAGGCGCUAAAACUACUCCCGAAUUGGCUCUUGUUUGGAAAAAGUAUUCCAGGUAAACUGACCAACUCUGAUCUUGGUAGUAUCUAAAAAGGUCCUAAAUGUGUGAACUAUAUUAUUAAAACUUUGAAUUUUUGUGGUCAUAUAAACCGUAAGCAGUCUGACCUCAGACACCAAAAAAAUCUAUUUUAAGAUCUGAAUUUCAUUGAAAAACUUUCAAGUUAAUGGUGUUGAUAUUUUCUUAAGAUUGUUUUUCUGAGCACUUGGACGUCCUAUCGACUUUUUGUUGCCGAUAUUUCCCCAAACAGCUCCAUCUCGGAAGCAAAACGCAAUAUGGCAUAAUCUUGAAGAGAAAAAAUAAUCAUUUUCAGAGUUGCCUUAGUCCAAUGUUAAUGUCAAAAAACCAAAAGAGAAGAUUUCUGACGCCUCUCAAAUCAUCCUAAAAAAUUGGAGGGGGUACCUCUUGUGGAUUGUUGGCUUCAGAAAUUCACAUAUAUCCGCUGGGAGACUAGAUUCUCCACGGUAAAUACUUUAGUUCUGGAUUUGUGUACAUAAUCAUAGAGCCUAUUAUAGUGUUCUAUAUUGCUAACUAAUAUUAACUGGUAAUACUUAAAAUUAAGCGUUGGUGGAUUUAAUUCUGAAGUGAGAAAUUAUUCUUAUAGAUUGUAGGUAUGUAAAAACUGAAAAUGUUGUGUUAUUCUGUUAUAGUAUCUAAGGCGAUCCUAAAAUCAAGCAUUUUUAGUCAGUGGAAAAGACUAAAUUUUGAGUGUCUGUUUUUUUGAAAUCGGUUUGCUUUUGAAACAGUGGCUUCAUGUAAAGUUGCUAAUUGGCUCUUCCUUCAUAUGCUUCAUGUUGAGGGCUGUUACUUUUGAAAUCCAUUAGCAAAGUAUUAAUUUUUUUUAAAGUCUAUUUUUGAGGCUUGUUCUCCCCUCCCCUCUGAUUUAAGAAAUGCAUAUAUUUGUGAUUGAAUAUUAACAUCUUGAAAUGUAGCAGAAAGGCAGCAUGAAGCCUUGAAGUAUCAAAAUGUGAGGAAAAAAUUUUUGAAGUAUAAUUGUAGUUGCUACUUUGAAUAUAAUUUGAACUGUGUGAGACAUUCUCGCAUGUAUAGAGUAUGUAGACUGGCUUUAAUUGUAUCAUGUGUAUUUCAGUCCUAGCUUUGGCCCAUCACAUGCCACAAAAUCAAAUCCUGAGCAGCUUACAGUGGCUCAAGGUACAUCAGAAACCAAUUCCGAAUGACAGGAAACCUUGGCUAUAAUCCACUCUUUAUUUUGUUUAAAAUUUGCUUCACAGGUCAGUCUAGAUUUGUUUUUUAAAGAUGGAAAGGAACACUCCUCAGGGUAUUUUCCUGCAGGGACUGACCCAUGAGGAAUGUAGUCUUAUACCAAAUGAGUAUGAUGGGCAUAUCAUUUUUUCAGGUGGUGUCCAUGCUGCCAAAGCACUGAUUGCAUUGCAUGCCUGGAAAGUAUGCCCAAACCAAAAAAAAAAAUCAAUCAAUCAAGUGUUAAGUGAUUUGAAAGCAUUUCUGGAAACAGUGCUUAGUUGUAAAUAUCUGAAUAAAACAGGAACAUCUGAAGUCUCAGGACUAGAAGCUUGCUAGUUGAGAGCAGAUCCUGCCCUUCUUUUCCAGGUAGGCAGAAGUGUCCCAGGUUGGACUUGUAUGGGCUUUAGCGAUAAAGAAGAAAGGGGUGGAGGCACUGAGGAAUGAAACCCAGAAAGGGCCUGGAGCAGUGUCAGGGAGCCAGUAGUAGGGACAAGAGAACUGUGAGAGGAUCACAACUGAACCAUGUGAGUUUUUAGGAUCCCUCCUAUCUGGUCCCAUAAUACUAAGAUCCUUUAUUUGUUGGAUGGACUGGCAACUCCCUGCAGUUAGAAAUCAGUCUCGGGUAAUACAAUUGGGAGUGUCUAGCAGCCUCGGCCCAUAAUGGGUGCGAGCCUCUUGCUCUGUGGCCAAGACAAGGCGGCACCAAAGUGGUCAGCGACGGACAUGGCCGGCUAGAGGGACUCUUUGAUGAAACCUUGACAGUCUGAAGGAUCGAUCGUCUGCACUACAGACGUGUUUGAGAAAUUUAAGUGAUGAAGUAUUGAGAGCACCCAAACGUUUUUCCCUUCCUUUUCUAACCUAAGCACAUUAUUAAAGUAUAUCUUAGGAUAAUACCCCAAGUGAUCAUCCUUAAUUUAAUUUGCCUAGUGUUUUCGGUCCGAUCAGAAUAGCUAAAUUGGGGUCUGGGUGUACACUUAGAAUGAUGUUUCUAUUGUGUCUCUCGGUUUUCUAGGCUACUGGUUGGUAACUGGAGUUUACUAAUGACAAACAGUUUGCUCCCCUGCUUCCUUUCUCUCCCCCUUCCCCCCACCGUCCCCACCUUUGAAAAAGCAUUCUUCUGAUAGUAUUCACAGUGAGUUAAGGAGGUGCUACAUAAACCUUUGGAAGGCUGCAACAGAACCUCAGACAGCUGAGUAGAAUCUAUUAGUGAGCUUCUUAGCCUCGGGUCCCCCACAUCAUAUUACUUUGAGCUUUUUGGUCACCGAUAUUGGGAGGAUGUUCUAGUUAUUAAACUCGGCUAAAAAAAGUACGGUUUGAUAUCUCUAAUGGCUAUAUCUAAGAGGUAUCAGGCAGAAUCUCUUUGAAGUCAGAAAUAAUUUAGUAUUCAAAGUAAGGGCUACUUACCAAAAAAAUCUGAACUACGCUGGUAGAGCCAUCAGUUAAUAAUUUUAAAAUUCAACUGAAGUGAGCUUGAAUCACUUAACCUCAGGAGGCAUCAAUUUUCCUUUUAAAAUGCGUUUCACCAUCUUUAACCCCCCUCUCACGGGUAUUGUGAAAAUUAAAUCCCUUUACAAAACACUACCUUAUGAAAUCAAAUAGAAGGAGUUUUCAAUGGGGAAAAUGUGUUCACUUUGAACAUUUUGUGGGUGUUGAAAUGGGAAAUUUUUCCAUUAUCCUCAAAUUUGAUUGUGCAUGACAUUCUCCAUACUUUGACAUAGAAAAUAAUAUAAACACAUUUCAUUUUUUUCUUCUAAUUUCAAGGUAGUAACCUAAAAUGCUACACGUUACUGGCUCGAUACCAUCUCUCUAUUGCAUUUUGCUUUUCAAUAAAAAUGCAAUUCUGCCAAGGUUCAUAACUUUGCAUGUUCUGAUCAAUCUACUGCUUUUCUUCUAUGAUCUGCUUCCCAACUCUUGAUCUUGAUUAUAUUCCAUUUAACCUUUUUAAACAAAUGCUCCCAUUUCUUGAAGAUUACUGGCAGUAAAGUCAUAAGCAAACAUGCCAUUAUAUUGGGGACAUAAACUCAAUAUGUGGGAGAAACAGUUAACUCUCUGAAAUAUUUCUGAAUAUCUACUUUCUAUAAAGGAACAUGAUGGAAAAGUAGGACACUGGAGAAAACAUUUUUCUAACUUUUCCCCACUUGUCAUUUUUUAUACUCAUUCUUCCUCACCUUUAAUCAAAAUCACUAUCGUUUUGGAAAUUAUCAGCAUCGAUUAUGGCAGUUGAUUAUAGAUUUUUGAGGUUGCAAAAUGGAGGAAAAGCUGGUCUUUUAAAGAAAAGUCAAUGUUUCUUUGCUCGGGUCACUGCAGAUACUGUGUUGACAGCCGGCAUGAGCUGCUUCUUGAAAGCUGUUAAGAUUUAUUACUCCCAAAGCCCGUAUAGGCGGACUCUCCCCAAAAUGAAAAAGUUAGGGAGACUCAAACCUUUUCAGAGGGUUAAUUUCAAAGCUUGUAAACUGGUUAAUAUAAGUUGUGGGGCUCCCAUCUAUUUUAGAAGAACAUUAAACUGUUGAAGAGCGGCUUAAAUGUAUAUCCAUGUUCUUUGUUAAGGCUUUAAACUAUUUUGUAUAGAAAAGGGAAAACAAAACAGUGUAAAUACUUUUCGAAAAAAAAUUUAAUUGAGGGUGGACUGUGAUGGGACACAAAAGGACUGGAAUAUAAAAAUGGCAAAAACGUUUUUUCCAUUCUAAACAUUUGUUAGCGUGAUAUUAUUUUCCUUAAGGUAACGGUGAUUCCUUUUUUCCCCCCCGUUGCCUCUAACUCUUUAGAAUACAAACUAGAUUGUACCUUUUAAUUGAAUUCCAGUCUGUGCAUAUUUUUGUACAGUAAUUGCAAUUCAUUUGAAAAUUAGCAGUAUGUUUAAAUGCAAUGCAUUUUGGUGGUUUCUUUUUUACCAGACAUCAUUCAUUUUUUUAGGUUUCUUAGUGUUCCAAAAAAUGCCUAGCCCCAAAACAGACUAGGACUCAAUAAUGUUAAAGCGCUAUAGGUAUAGAUUCAGAAAACCAAAAUUAAUAUCAUGUUUUAGAAUGCAAGAGCUUUAAGUCUUGGACUCUAGUUGUAAUUUGACAAAAUUGAUUUUAAAUAUUUGAAUCAUUAGACUUUAAAGUGUCAGUUUCUUAAUUCUUCUAUUUGCAUCCAAGAAACAUGUAUUAAAUUUAUAUUGCAGUAGGACAGUUGCAUUCAACUCUGUAUAUUAAGCAUAAGUAGUAUAUUUGUGUAAAAAUGACUUGUGCUUGCUUAUAUUUUAGUAUUAGACAGAGCUUGAAAUUUCUGGUAUUAAGUUAUAUUGGUAGUACAAAGGUGGAAAAAAAAAAGGCAACGCAUAAUGGCUUUUUCACUGCCGAUUCUGCUGUUGGCACUCGCCCUUAAAAUUCGAAUGCAGAAAAAAAUAGUGAUUAUAAUAAACCCUUAAGCUGAUCCUGAUUGGUCAUGUGUCUGGCUUUCAUUUAAAAUAGACUUAAAUUCAAAAUCAUUCUCCAUUCAAUACCUAAGUCUUAAUCCUUAAAUUUCUAGCCCUGUUCAACAUUUUGUGUGCAACUUCUCAUUUUGAAACUGUGAUGUCUUGACUUAUUUUGUUUCUUAAAGGGGUUGUGUUUUAUACUACCUUUUUAAUAAACAGAAAUGUAUAAAUA